AUGUCAGGUCUACUGCGGUCAGUCGGGCUCAGGCCUCUGAGCCAUUGCGUCGCUCUGCGACCUAUGGUAAUUCAACCACGUUUCUCAUCGACUGCCGCACAAAAAGAAAAAGAAGCCGCCAAACAAAAAGCCAGAGAACCUUCCCAAAGAAUAGAGAGUGAAUGGUUAAAAUGGAGAAAAAUCAGAGAUAGGAAGAUCAGACUCCGAGACGAAGCCGCAGCCGCAGCCGCGGACAUGGCCGAGGCUGAGGCCACAGCUAGAGUCAGAGCCAUGGUCAAUGAAAGGAUGGAAUUGCUCAUGGAAGAAGUGAUGAGACAAGAUGCCAAAAUGUUAGUUGAAGCGGACAAAGAGACCGAAAUGUUUGACCUCAAGCCGUCCAAUCUACUGCUCCUUGCUACCAAAGCCUCAAAUUGGCUUAGAGAAACAAACGAUCGAUUCACGAGCAUCAGACGCGCGAGGGGGAGAGACAAAGAUUUCUCAGAUGCCACCGAGUCUCAGUACCACGCUCUACGGACAGAAUUUGUCGUCAAGUGGCACACCAUGUACUACGGACUCAUGGGAUUUGCACACGUCCCCUAUCAUCAAGAUCGGGAAAUACUCCGACCCUCAGAUUUAGUGCGUUCCCCCUUCCCACCGCACAUCGAUGUGAUAUGUACAGUAGUUGGUUAA